AUGGGUUCAGUAGAAAGAUCAAAGAAGAAAACUCAUUUAUGGAAGAAAGCCAUGCUCCAUUUUUCUCUCUGCUUUGUGAUGGGGUUCUUUACGGGGUUAGCUCCAACAGGUAAAUCUUCAUUCUUUUCUAGCAAAGUUGCUGCAUCAAAUAGAACAACAGAAUUUGCACCACAACCUAGUGAAAUGUCUCCCCGGACAACAAAUGUCAAUAAAAGUUUGAUAGCUCCAACGCCAGUGACCGUGCCGACACACAAAAAAACAACAACAACGAAAUUGCAUGUAAAAGCACAGCCCCAGUUGAAGCCCAGAAGACUUAUAAUCAUUGUAACUCCGACAAGCACGAAACUUCCCUACCAAGCAGUGUUUUUGAGAAGGUUGGCAAAUACUAUAAAGCUAGUUCCUCAACCAUUGCUGUGGAUUGUUGUGGAAGCGAAAACUGAUUCCACGGAACUCUCAGAGAUACUAAGGAAAACAGGCAUCAUGUAUAGGCAUGUGGUUUUCAAGGAAAGCUUCACAGACUUAAAAGCUGAACUAAAUCACCAGAGAAAUCUUGCACUUAAGCACAUUGAGCACCACAGGCUGAACGGGAUUGUACACUUUGCUGGCCUUUCCAAUGUUUAUGAUCUCCAAUUAUUCCAACAGCUUAGAGAUAUUGAGGUCUUUGGAACAUGGCCAACGGCAUUGUUAGCAGCAAAUAGGAAGAAAGUGAUAAUCGAAGGACCUGUAUGCGAUUCAUCACAAGUCAUUGGUUGGCAUCUAAGGAAUAUGAACAAUGAAACUGACACAAUCACUCCUCCCAUUCAUAUUUCAAGUUUUGCAUUCAAUAGCUCCAUCCUAUGGGACCCUGAGAGAUGGGGUCGCACUUCCUCUGUUCAAGACACCACUCAGAAUUCAAUAAAGUUCGUGAAGCAAGUAGUUCUAGAAGAUGAGGCCAAGUUAAAGGGAAUUCCACCAGAGGGCUGCUCCAAAAUCAUGCUCUGGCGUUUCAACUUACAUGCUCGUACCAUUUCAAAUCACUAAUUUCUGACUACUACAUCCGAUGUUAGCCAAAGUU